AUGGGAAUGCGCAUGCCUGCAUGGUACGACAUCAAGUCGCUGGCUCGCGUGAAUGGCGACAACGCUGACGGCAUCGACGCCUCUCGUGACCGCAUCAUGGAGAUCAUCGAGAAGGAGGUGGCAGCGGGGAUUCCCUUGUCACGUAUCGUGCUGGGAGGGUUCAGUCAGGGCGCGGCGCUGUCACUUUUCUCGGGUUAUCAAACCAAGACGGUGUUGGGUGGAAUUAUCGCAAUGUCCGGGUACUUGCCCCGCUACGCUUCGUUCCAAUUCGCUCCAGAGACUGCGGAUGUGCCGCUGCUCAUGUGUCACGGCGAACAAGACCCAGUGGUGCGCUUCGAUUACGGCAAGAUGUCCAAGGAGAAGCUGGAGACGGCUGGUGUGAAGAACAUCGAAUUCCACUCGUACCCGGACAUGGAGCACGGCGCUUGCAUGGAGGAGCUGGAUGACGUAACCAAGUGGCUCCAGCGCGUCAUCCCCGAUACACAGAAGUAG